CCUGGACAGAGGCUGUUUACGCAUGACACCGCCGUAGACAAAAAUUGAAUUCUUAGCCAAAAAUAUAUAGGGCGACCUACAGCAAAAGGUCCAGGGCGAAGAUCACCGCUAAAAGCUCAGAGACUCCGAUACGCUACGUUCGCCUAAACCGGCGUCGACGGAAACUUGCCAGUGCGUCCGGCGUUCACUAACCUUACCGCCCCAACAGGCCUUGGCCAGACCCUGGGGGCCGCUAAUCACUAUAGCUGCAGCGCCUGCAUCCCCUAGAAACUGGGUCCGGCACCCCCCAGUCCGACUCUGUCAUCCGGGUGACCCGCUCCGAAAGAAAGCUGCUUUCUCAGCAUCCCGCUCACUCCUCUUCUCCUCUUCUCGCUCCUUCUCCUCCAAGCUUGUUUCACUCUCAAUCCGAUCCCAACGACUUCCUCUCCAUCUUGUAUUUCUUUAUUUUCUAGCUCUUUGUUUUGUUUAUUGAUUCCUAUCUGCCAACGAAAUGGCCCAAGCUACUGAAUCUAAGAGCAUGGAGCUCAAGGAGAACACCUGCAUUGUCGUCCUCGGCGCCUCGGGCGACCUGGCCAAGAAGAAGACCUACCCUGCCCUCUUUGGUCUUUACCGCAACCAGUUCUUGCCCAAGGACUGCCGAAUCAUCGGUUAUGCCCGUACGAAGAUGGACCACGAGGAGUAUCUCCGCCGCAUUAAGUCCUACAUCAAGACUCCCACCAAGGAGAUUGAAGACCAACUUGAGGAAUUCACCAAGAUCUGCACUUACAUCUCCGGCCAGUACGACAAGGAUGAGUCCUUCAACGAGCUUGAGAAGCAUCUCCAGGAGCUCGAGGCUGGCCGCCCCGAAACGCAUCGUCUCUUCUACAUGGCCCUCCCCCCCUCCGUCUUCACCAUUGUCUCCCAGCACUUGAAGAAGUGCUGCUACCCCAAGAACGGCAUUGCUCGUGUCAUUGUCGAGAAGCCUUUUGGCAAGGAUCUUGCCAGCUCUCGUGAGCUUCAAAAGUCACUGGAGCCUGAUUGGAAGGAGGAAGAACUGUACCGCAUCGACCACUACCUCGGUAAGGAAAUGGUCAAGAACAUACUCAUUCUUCGUUUCGGCAACUCUUUCCUUGGUGCCACAUGGAACCGCCAUCACAUUGACAACGUCCAAAUCACUUUCAAGGAGCCAUUCGGCACCGAAGGCCGUGGCGGUUACUUUGAUGAGUUCGGAAUCAUCCGUGACGUCAUGCAGAACCAUUUACUCCAGGUUUUGACCCUCCUCACUAUGGAGCGCCCCGUCUCUUUCGAUUCCGAAGAUAUCCGCGAUGAGAAGGUCCGUGUGCUUCGCGCCAUGCCUCCAAUUGAGCCCAAGAACGUCAUCAUUGGCCAGUAUGGCAAGUCUCUCGACGGCAGCAAGCCUUCAUACAAGGAGGACGACACCGUCCCCAAGGACUCCCGAUGCCCUACCUUCUGCGCGUUGGUCGCCUACAUCAAGAACGAGAGAUGGGAUGGUGUCCCAUUCAUCAUGAAGGCUGGCAAGGCCCUCAACGAACAGAAGACUGAAAUCCGCAUCCAGUUCAAAGAUGUCACUUCCGGUAUUUUCAAGGACAUUCCCCGCAAUGAGCUUGUCAUGCGUAUCCAGCCCAACGAGAGUGUCUACAUCAAGAUGAACUCUAAGCUUCCUGGCUUGAGCAUGCAGACCGUUGUCACUGAACUCGAUCUUACUUACCGCCGACGCUUCUCCGAUCUUAAGAUCCCUGAGGCAUACGAGUCUCUUGUUCUUGAUUGUCUCAAGGGCGAUCACUCCAACUUUGUCCGUGAUGACGAGCUCGAUGCUAGCUGGCGCAUGUUCACUCCUCUCCUCCACUACCUUGAUGACAACAAGGAGAUCAUCCCUAUGGAAUACCCUUACGGCUCUCGCGGACCCGCAGUCUUGGACGACUUCACCGCAUCGUACGGAUACAAGUUUAGCGACGCAGCUGGUUACCAGUGGCCAACAACAUCUGCUGCCCAACCUAACAAGUUGUAAGUAGCGAAUCGACUUCCAACUUGAGGUUACAAUGCGACUAUUUUGGUCGUUACUGUGUUGAAGAUCAAUGAAUGACCGGUUCUAUUGCAGUUAAUCUUGGACGAAAAAAAAAUUACAAUCUGAAAUAAUACAAAGAGGAAUGCAGUUUGCCUCAAGUUGAAUCUAUUUGCGAGCAUCAGCCUUCCUCUCUCUAGGAGCCAGGGUCAUCGACUAAAGCACCGUCUUGGAUACGAGAGAGACUGCGUGGAUCUGGCUUGGAAUUGCUACGAUAGAGGUGCUGCGCCAAUCGGGGUCUGUAAAGGGUUUUUUUUGGUCGUUUGUGCGUUGAUGUUUUGGACCUGCUAUCUGGUCACAUAGAUGAAAAACUAUAAUUAGCUUUAUGAGUGAAAAUGAUUUAUUAUUUUAU